UGGUUUUAAAGUAGUAAAACAUACCCUGUAGAGCAUAAUUGCAAGAAAUGAGAUAAAGAUAAAACCGCAUUUUGCUAACAGUUGAAACCAUCUAAUGUUAAUAUGCAUAAAUGCCACACUAUUUUAAGAAAGAUAAAACAAUUGGGCAGUUGAACAGACACCUAUGUUUGGGGUCCUUUGAGUGCCUCUCUUCUGAGUUUGACACUUCCUGGACUCUUGCAGUCUUCUGUACAGGGAGCCGGCAGACCUUGUGCUAGAGAGCGUUCGUGAAUGCGCACACAUGUGCCUGCGUGUGUAUGUGUGUGCAUAUGUAUGUGUGGGAGGGAGACAGGGAGUGAGAAGUCAAGCAUGCAUGCCUGUGUGUGCGUAAACGUAAGCAUAAUUGACAGAGAGACUGGCAGUCACAGCUGAGAGACGUAACGCUGAGGCUUACACGGACGUGCAUGUUGGAGAGGGGCAACAAGAGGGAACAGGAGGUGGGGAGAAGAGGAAAGGGUCGGGGGAAAGAAGAGGGGGGCUUAGCGCAAAGCAACAACCAGCUGGCUGCCUCUGUGUCCCCCAGCCCUGGAUAGAGAACGACGGAAGGCACUGCACUCCGGCAAGUGGGCUGAGAGCUUGGUGGGUCACGUCUGAACUUCCUCCGGAGUGUGUUUGUGUGGAACUUAUUAAACCGGGGAGAGACGGACAGGGGGAGAGAUAAAGACUCAGCACUGAAAAAGGGGAGAGGGAAAAGAGAAGCUUAUAGGAUUACCUCUCCCCAUGGCAAAAUGGGAAGUCUGUCCCACGUGGAAGUCAACCCGGAUCUGAAGGAGUGAUCACUCAUUUGCCUUUUCUUUCUUUUUUGGUUUCUUUUUAACCCUUGUCUCUUUUUUUCAUGAGAUAUAGGGUGCAUUUGGCCAAGCCUUAGGAGAAUUUCUUAGCCUCUGAUCUGCUGCUACUUUGGGUAGGGAUUAAAGCUGCCUUUUUUUGUUUGUUUACUGCCGCUGACACCAACCUUGCUUUUGCCCUCGUUCAUGUUACCUUUAUGACCUGAAGAGUGGCUCUUUUCACGUUCCUUCCUCAUUGGAUCUGGGCCUCUGGUUGACGUGUUGAGCUUGCCAUGGAACAGCAGUGUGACACAGGGGCCAGCUGUGAGGCGUCUGGGGAGCACUCAAGCCAGGAGGGGCAGCAAGAGGUGGAUGACCCUGUGACCUCUGCUUCCUCCUCAAAUUCCGAUCUUCCGUCUAUUUUGCUGCCAGAAAGCGAAAGAGCUGGCACUGGACGCCGACACAGCACAAAGGCCUUCACUGGACUACGUCUGUUCGGCCGGAGGAAAGCCAUUGCUAAAUCAGGUCUGCAGCAUCUGUCUACCCAGCCCUGUGCCUCUGCCUUGGCCAAGUGUGAGCUGGACCGAGAGAUCCGUUCUAGUGUUGACUGGAGUGAGAAUGCUGUGUAUGGAGAGCACAUCUGGUUUGAGACCAAUGUCUCUGGGGACUUCUGUUAUGUUGGAGAGCAGCACUGCCUUGCCAAGACACUGCAAAAAUCUGUCAUGCGGAAAAAAUGUGCAGCCUGUAAGAUAGUGGUUCAUACCAUCUGCAUCGAGCAGCUGGAGAAGAUAAAUUUUAGAUGUAAACCAUCAUUCAGGGAAUCAGGAUCCAGAAAUAUUCGGGAACCUUCAAUAGUGCGACAUCACUGGGUCCACAGACGUCGACAGGAUGGGAAGUGCCGACAAUGUGGGAAGGGUUUCCAGCAGAAGUUUGCAUUUCAUAGUAAAGAGAUUGUGGCCAUCAGCUGUUCAUGGUGUAAGCAAGCUUACCACAAUAAGGUGACAUGCUUCAUGCUACAACAGAUUGAAGAAGCGUGUUCUCUAGGUGCUCAUGCUGCAGUAAUUGUUCCACCCACAUGGAUCAUUCGUGUACGCAGACCUCAGUCGUCACUUAAAUCUAGUAAAAAGAAGAAACGGACCUCAUUCAAACGCAAAUCCAGCAAGAAGGGAGCUGAGGAGGCUCGCUGGAAGCCUUUCAUUGUCAGGCCCAUCCCCUCCCAGCUAAUGAAACCUGUGCUUGUAUUUGUCAACCCUAAGAGUGGGGGUAAUCAGGGAGCCAAAAUCAUCCAGUCUUUCAUGUGGUACCUCAAUCCCAGACAAGUAUUUGACCUCAGCCAAGGAGGGCCAAAAGAGGGCUUAGAAAUGUAUCGCAAAGUCCACAACUUGCGGAUUUUAGCCUGUGGGGGUGAUGGAACAGUGGGAUGGAUACUCUCUACCCUUGACCAACUCAAUUUGAAUCCUCAGCCUGCUGUGGCUGUUCUUCCUCUUGGCACAGGAAAUGAUCUGGCCAGGACACUUAACUGGGGAGGGGGCUAUACAGAUGAACCUGUGUCAAAGAUCUUGUCUCAUGUCGAAGAUGGGAACGUUGUCCAGCUGGACCGUUGGAACCUCAUUGUGGAGCCCAAUCUUGAGGCUGCAGGAGAGGAGAAGGAUGACCAGCAGACAGAUAAACUUCCAUUGGAUGUAUUCAACAACUACUUCAGCCUCGGCUUUGACGCUCAUGUGACAUUAGAGUUCCAUGAAUCUCGAGAAGCCAACCCUGAGAAAUUUAACAGCCGUUUCCGUAACAAGAUGUUCUAUGCUGGGACUGCGUUCUCAGACUUCCUCAUGGGUAGCUCUAAAGAUCUGGCCAAGCACAUUAAGGUUGUGUGUGAUGGUACGGACCUCACCUCAAAAGUGCAGGAGUUGAAACUGCAAUGCCUCGUGUUCCUGAACAUCCCAAGGUACUGUGCUGGCACCAUGCCCUGGGGAAAUCCAAGUGAGCACCAUGACUUUGAGCCACAGCGCCAUGAUGAUGGCUGUAUUGAGGUGAUCGGCUUCACCAUGACCUCACUGGCCACACUGCAGGUGGGAGGCCAUGGCGAGAGGUUGAACCAAUGCCGGGAGGUCACCCUGACCACUUACAAGUCCAUCCCCAUGCAGGUGGAUGGGGAGCCUUGCAAGCUGGCCCCCUCCAUCAUCCAUAUCUCCCUGAGAAACCAAGCUAACAUGGUACAGAAGACCAAAAGGAGGACCUCUAUCCCACUGCUCAAUGACCAACAGCCUUUUCCAGAGAGGUUGCGGAUACGUGUGAACCGCAUCAGCAUGCAUGACUAUGAGGCCCUGCAUUAUGACAAGGAGAAACUCAAAGAGGCUUCCAUCCCACUGGGACUCAUUGUUGUUCCAGGAGACAGUGACCUGGAAACAUGCCGCUCUCACAUUGAGAGGCUACAAGAGGACUUCAUCUCUUUUCAUCCCUCUUUUCAGCGAUUGGUGCUCCAGGAGGGCGAUGGGAACAAAUCAAAGACCCUGUCCUCUCAGAGGCUUUCACCAAAGUGGUGCUUCCUGGACUCUACUACUGCAGACCGCUUUUACAGGAUUGAUCGUGCACAGGAGCACCUGAACUAUGUGACUGAGAUCUCGCAGGAUGAGCUCUUCAUUCUGGAUCCUGAGUUGGUUGUCACAGAGACUGUGAGUACAUCACCUGGGAUGCCUGAACUGGUGGACUCUUUGGAAGAAUUCACAGCCAGCUCACGCAAAUUUGCUUUUCCAUCAUCAUCCUCCUCUCCACCCUCUUCUCCUGGCCCCAGAGUUCAGGAGCUCAAACGGACUGCUCAGAGGAAACGUGUCUCUAGUGACAGCUCGGUAGCUGAGGCACUCACUCAUGGUGACUCAAUGAGGACCACCAAACCAGCGCUCACCAGGGUGGGGGGUGUUCACCGAUCAAACACAACAGCAGCUGAUUUUAAACCAACUAGCAGGUCUGAGAGGAAUGCAUUGUGCAGUGCAGACUCAGUCACAACUGAAGAGCUGAUUGAAUGUGUAAAACGGAAGGACCAUCAAAGGUUGAAAGAUCUCCAUAAACUGGGUGCCAACCUAGCAGUGCAAGAUUCACAUGGCCGCACUCUACUUCACCAUGCAGUGGAUGUGGGUAGCAAAGAGAUUGUCCGCUACAUUAUUGACAAUGCACCCGUUGAUAUCUUGGAUGUAACAGAGGGAGAAAAUGGGGAGACUGUCUUGCACAAAGCUGCGUCUUUGUGUCACAGAACCAUCUGUCACUACCUGGUGGAGGCAGGGGCCUCCUUGAUGAAGACAGACUUGCAAGGUGAUACGCCAAAGCACCGUGCAGAGAAGGCCAAGGACGCAGAGCUGGCAGCCUAUCUGGAGAACCGUCAGCAUUACCAGAUGAUCCAGCGAGAGGACCAAGAGACUGCAGUGUGAUGGAUAACCUGGCCUUUUCUCACUUUGAAGCCUCCUUUACUUGUGCCAAACCAAUGCCAACCAAAUAUAUGGAAACUAAUGGAAUUUGUAGCUUUGGUGGGAAUGCAUUUCACUGCCUUCUUCUAGACAGGCGAGAGCAGCCUGAGAGUGUGGCUAAUGAGUGGUGUUCUACUAACAUAAGCAAUGGAUGUGCAAAAUUAGCAGAUCCUAUUUAUUUAUUGUACUGCCAAAAGCAUAGUAUUUGUUUAUGUGUAUGUGUGCAUAGUAUGUUGUAUCUUUGUGUGUGUGUGUGUGUGUGUGUGUGUGUGUGAUUAGAAGAAAUUAAGUGUAUUGUUUAGACUUCAAAGUUCAUGUUGAGCUGCAAAACUGAAUGUUAGAUUGUUAGAUGAGUUGAGUUCAAAGAAAACUUGGGGAUGACAUGGGUUUUGAGCUGGGUCAGCUAAAGAUGAAAAAUGUAAUUUGAAUUAAAGAAAUUACUUUUCAGUUGCUGUUAUCCUGAACCUGUCAACCUCUUACUUGGAUAGGGGAGACUGAAAUAUUCUAAAGAGAUCAGUUUUAGAUUUCAAAAGGAUAAAAUUUUGCGUCUUUAUUGCUAUCGACUAUCUGUAUGAUGAUGAUGGCAUAGAGUCGGUGGUGUCAGAUCUUCAUUAGUUAAAUGCUGCUGUUAAGCUUGCAUUCAUGUCACUUCUCUUUACACUGUAUUCUUUCUCUACACAAAAUUCACCAUCUUUACAUAGGAGGGUAACACACUGAAGGUCCCUAUAUUAGAUAUUAGUGUAAACCUCUUUUUUUUUUUUUUUUUUUUUUUUGCUACUUUACGUUAUAUAGCUUCCAAUGGUUUGUUGGUUGGCUUCCUUAUGGUUUCCAUAAGAACAUAGUAAAUGGUACUGUAAGUGUAUCUUAGAAGCCAUCUGUCAAAGCAGUUUUGCACUGUAGGUUAAAUUGCCUUGAAUAUAUUUUCUCUCUAUGGCUGAUUAUUGGAAUUUCUACUUGAUGUACUAAAGUAAUGGUUUAUUUCAUAUGACAUUUUACGGUAAAUGGAUGUUUGUAUAUUUUUUAGCAAUGAAUUUCUGUGUUGUCAUGUUUGUAUUAUAAAACCAAUUGUAAAUUUGAUAUAUUUUUUUCUCAAGUACAGAGCAAUUUUAUCUCUGUUACACCUACUUGUGUGUGUACUCACUUCUUUAAUGAUUUUGAUCUUCAAAAACUUCAUAGAAGUAUGUCAGCUUUUGCUGUAAAAUUAUAGAUGAAAGGAUAUUAUUAUUAUCAUUAUUAUUUGUGGAUACUAUUUAUUUUCAACGAGUAUUAAACUUGCAACAUCAGAUUUGAAACAAUACUAAACAUUAAACAUUUCAUUCAUAUAAUUAUGUACUGCUUCACACAUAAGUCUGUAGAGUAGUGGUAGUUUUUUAUUUAUUUAUUCAGCUUUCUCUCUCUAUCUGAGCCUCUGUCACUACCUAAAAUGUAUGUAUUAUUUUUUCCUUUUCUAUCAGUUUUCAGUGGUCUUAUUUUGUGGUUCUCUGGUCCCCCAAUCCAAAUAGCUUGUUUAAAUACAAGCAGUGUACCCACAUCACUCUCACAACAUCCUGGACAAAUUGUUUCACUAGGAAAGAUGAAUGGGGAUCCACCAUGUAGCAUGGCGCUCUGUCAUGUGCCAGCCUGCAUUUCUUUCCUUGAUACAGAAGCAAACUGAAAAAAGUAAGGCAUAGUGUGGGAAUAAGUGUUAAGGCAAAACAUAAAGCUUUUUAUUCACUAUAGGAAUUGACUGGCAAAAUGUCCAUGGUUUCCACAAUAUGAUCUUAAUUGAAAGACUACUAUUGCAUAUUUUGUGCAUUCCUUACUAAAUAGAUUUUAAUAACAUUAACAUUUUUAUUUUUAGUAAUUAUAUUACAAUACGGUCCAGUGUCCAUUUAGAAUAUAACACUACUGUCACAAUAAAACACUGCUCUUUCAAAUUUCAAUAUAACUAAUAUUGUAAUCUUGUAUUCCAUUAUUGCUCCAGAUCAAAAUAAGUAUGAUUUGAAUGUCCUAAUUAUUACAGCACGAGUACGAAAGACUGCUUUGAAGCAAUACUCAAAUGUUUGAAGGGCUGUAGAUUUGUUUUUUUAUUUCAUCUAAAGCCCUUUCUCAUAUCAUUUUGUGCAUCAGGUUAGAGACAGAUCUACUGACCUUGUAAAAUAUCAAAAGACCAAAUAUAAUGCACAUUUUGCACAGUUUAUUGCGUCCGGUCACUUCAAUAUCCCAUUGAGCAGGUUGCAAAUGGAGAAUCCUUUAAAAUGAAGCUUUAACUGCUCUGGCAUGUACAUGGCCUAUUAUUUCAAAUCAGCUACUGUACCCUUGAACAUGAAUGUUGUGUGGUGUAUGAACCAUCUAAAAGAAACAGGAGCUCAGAAACUUCUGUGGUGGUGUUCAUGGGUGACUAAUACAGUAUUUAUACGGACUAAGACAUAAUCACAUUCAACAUGCUGUGACAAGAUGUACAUUUUAGAUACUGAUGCUAACCAUGACAUGGACUCAGUGUACAGACUGUGACUAUCAGAAAAGGAUACAUUUUAAACCACAUAUUAAUACAGUGAAACUUAAGAUUGAUUUGAUUUACAUGUAUGUUUGUUGUCAUUUUCAAUUUGAGAUACUAAUUUGUUGCAUGCAAUACAGGACUCAGGUCUCUGCUCCGUGCCCAAUAGAUGUUUAAGCAGACUGGCCAGUGAGUAAUUGAUCAAUACACUGUAGGAACACAAACUGUAGGUGUCUGUAAACCCAGCUGUUUAUGAAAAACAAGGAUGACCCUCUUUUGCAGAGGUGGUGUUUC